AAUGAGCUCAUAGGCCAGCCUGAACUGCGUAGCGAGACCCUGUCUCAAAAAAGACACACACACACACACAAAAUUUGUAUCAUUAUUUAAAAACCCAGACACUUUCACGUAAUAAUCCCUGGUUUGUGUCUUAAGUUUCGACGACGGGUCAGAGCCCAGGCUCCCCAGCCCGAUUCGGGCCCAGCGCCGCCUGGGAGCCCUGAGGACAGCUGUGUGCGACCUUGUGUACACCAUUGAGGGCCGGGCCGCGGCCAGCGUGUCUGGUCCCGUCAGUACCUGUCCGCGCUAACGCCGAUGCCCGCGUUGCCCUCACUCCUCCGCGGGCGUGGGCAGGGCGGGUCGUGUGAGUGCCGCGUCCCCGCUGUGCAUGGCGGCGCGUCGUGGGCUGUUAUUUGAGAAGCCCGCGUGUGGAGCGGCGUCUGCCUUAGGCGUUGUCUCCGGGUCGGAAGCACUCGCUGUUUCCUGUGCCAGGGUGGCAUCAGGGUGGCGUCAAGGCGGGAGAGGCUGGCACCCUGCGUGGUGCCGGUGGAAAGCAGAGGUUGGCGCGCGCCCGCCCCCUGUGUGGUGGCGCGUGGCCGAGGGCGGUGCCCCUCCGGGGUGCAGGGCAGCGCGCCCUCUCUGGGGCGCACGGGCGCCGCUGUUAGUGCCCUGCGGCCCCCACCUGCUUCCCAGCCGCUGCCAGAGCGGCGCGGCUCCCGCAGGCAGGCCCGGCCCGCCGCACGUCUUUGUUCAGUGUCCACCUUCUGAACUCUGCUGGACAGCUUUAUCGCGUAUCUCUCUGCCAAGCACCGCCUCAGGCCUUUGUGGAACGAAGCAAGGUGUGAUCGAAGGGGAAAGGUGCUGCUCUGCCGCUGUCAGCGCAGCUCCGCGCCGCCUGGGCCGCUUGGGAGCCACAGAGGUGUCGUGGGGGACCCGUGUGGGGACGGGACGUUGUGUAGUGCUGCUUGUCACGGAGGCGUUGCUUCCGGUGUGCUUACCGUGGCCUCUGCAGUCUUACAUGACACGUGCUGACUCGGGUUUGAAAUGUUAAGAAACGUCUGUUUCCACUUCAGAGGAGGCUUGUUGUUGUCCUCUGGGAGGCCAGCGCUGCUUUGCAUGGCUCGGUAAACUCCGUGUGACACUGCUCGGACCGACCUGAUUUAAGAAGGCUGCAGGCCUCAGCCCGGGGUAGGGGUGUUGCAGGUGUGGGCGUUACGGCCGCUCCUGCGGCAGCUGUGCUGGGCGGCCGGGGCUGCGCGCAGGGCUUUCCGGUCCACCCGUGAUUGCCCCAGGGCGUGCUUCAGUGAACAGUGAACAAAAGCAAGCGGUGCAGAUGUCUGCCCUGUGCCCAGAGCCUCAGCUAUCAGUCUGCUAGGAAAUCCCUUCGGUAGUUUGGGGAAAAAGUGUCGUGGUGAUGCGUGAAGUCGGCAGGUGUUUCACUGACCAGUUUGCCG